AUGAUAGGAGGCCGUUCUGAAAAGGACGCUGGAAGGCGUUUUGGUGGUGCUAAAAAGGAAGAAACUUGCAACAGAGGAGCUUCAUAUAACAAAAAGAAAGGACGUUGUGAAUGUGACAAUCCGGAAGCAGAUGCUAAAAUUGCAAAUCCGGAAAAAUACGGACACUAUCCACCAGGUACCAUUUGCUUUGAUUGUGGAAAAGUUAAAGAAGGAAGAUCUUUGGUUUUUUUACUUGAUAGCACUGGUAGCGUUGGACAAGAAGGCUACGAUAAGGAUUUCAAUGAUAGAUGUAUUCAGCAAAUUAACUUCAUGAAGAUGAUUGUGAAGAACAUAAAACAGAUCAGAACAGGAAUUGUCAAAGUCAUUCAAAUUCCAAUUGUCUCACUUGAAAUGGGCCAGCACACUCCAGAUCAACUGAAGUACGCAGACUUUCACCUACUGGUUAUAUUUACCCAUGUAGUACCUCAGGACUUUAUCAUUUUACUACUGAACGAUAGUCAUUGACA